GUUUGUAAGCUGUUAGUGUCUUAACGACUGUUCCACAUGUGCAUGUUCAUGAAUUGUUUAUGUUUCAUUGAACAAGCUUGGGAAACAGUGUUUAAACCCUUUACAAUGAAGAUCUGUGAAGUUAUUUGGAUUUUUACGAAUUAUCUUUGAAAGACAGAGUCCUGAAAAAGGGACUUUUUUUUGUUGCUGAGUUUAUUUAUAUAAAUCAUGUAAUGUAGUCUUCGUUUUUCAUCUGCUAGCCAAGUUACAUAGCCUGUAAUGUUAGCUGAUAAUUGUUGUAUAAUUGUUGCUAUGAUUUAGCUAACGCUAGCUAGUUAAAGUUACUGUAACGUAUAGUAUGUCCUCAUUUAAACCCAUGAUACAGUCUCUCGCCAUCUCCUUCCAGCCUCCUCUCUUUAAGACCUGUCUUAUCAUGGGCCUGUCCAGUUAAGUUGUAGAGAGUGUGGGUGCUGUGAGAAACUCAGCCUCCACAAACAGCCUGUUCUGUCCUCAGUAUUUCAGACCAAAGCAAGACAAUGUUUAAAGCUGUGGAUCUACAAACAGGUAUCACACUACCCGGCAAUACAUGGAUGUGUGCACGGCACUCAUUCAAAAGUACUCCUCGUUGAGAGACCAGAUGGGGAAGGGAUAUGAUAGAGGGGAAUCCCUUUGCGAAUGAGAACCACGUCCAACUCUUCCUGGAUGGACAGGAGCUAAUAACUGAAGAGCCGGAGGACAUCUCCAUGGGGAUGGCAAUGGAGAUCCGUUUCCUUUUUAAAUUACAGCUAAUGUCAGGGUUAAUUCAACAAGAGAAAAGCUGCUAAAUAGACAGUUGAAAAUAAAAAGAAGAGAGAUGUAAUGUUUGAGAAAGAUUUGGUGAAGUGGUAACAGAGCACUGCAAGAAAUGCUUCAUUCUGCAGGAGUUAUUAUUAAGGCUAUGUGAAAGGAUAUAGACCGACAGUCAGUGUCCAGAUUUCAGUUAUCAUUUAACCUAUCUGAACAGUAGGUUACAGUUCCCAUGACGUGCCAUAGGACUAUUUGAAGUCCCAGUCAGUUGACUGUUGAAUUUCUAUAGCACAGGAGCUCUUCGGAGCCCUCUACAUUGUUAAAAAAUGUGUAUGGCGAAAUAGUAUGGAGCUCAAUUUGGCCUCUGCAUGCCUUCAGAGGCUCCACAAUUGCAUCAAACCCUCCAUAUGAAGCCUCCGACCACAUUUACGGAUCAAGCAUUGAUUGGCUUUUAGUUGAAAAGCAGCAAUAAUAGUACAUGUUGGCUAAGCCUAACUACAGUAAUGGAUGUUACUCAUAUGUGCUGCGUCCAUAAAAUACGCUACAUGGUCAAUCCAACGUCUGCAUUGGCCUUGCAGCAUAUACGGUGAUAUGGCCUCUGCAGAAGUCAGGGCAUUUAUACUUCUGGCCUUCACGGAGCAGCGCAGAGCUGUUGUAAAGGAAGUGAGCUUUUGUUUAUACAGGACCUUCCUUCCCCACAUACCGUCACCCAAUCAUGUCAAUGUGGAGCUAUACGGUUUAGAUAAACGUCAUAUUCUAUUUGUUUAUAAUUGGCCUAUGGACAAAAUUGUUUUUAUUGACCCAUAUUUAUUCGACAAAAGCAAUGUCAAAAACAAAUCAUUAUGACAUGUUUAAUUGAAACAGGUAUAGGAGACAUUUUUUAAAGAUCGACAACAUUUGUAUCUGUUCGACAGGGUGGAUUGUUCUUUUGUCGAACUUUCUUCAUUGUGACAUAUGGUAAUGGUGUUUAUUUUAUAUAAAUGUCGAUUGCCGAAUGUACGUGGGGCAUAUGAUGUCACGAGUAACUAUAGAACUCCAUUUCACAUUUAUUUCUAAAUGCCUACUGCUUGCAACAAAACAUUUUCAACUAUAAAAAAUAAUGUUUCUGCAGGACAAGGAUUGUCCUGACUUUCAAGAAUGCCUUGCUUUUUCUGGUUGGCUGGCAAGUUUCACAAUCCAAUUUCAGAUCUAAUGGAGAGGAACCAGGCUCUGAGGGGUGGCCAGUCCUCUUCUGGCUUUGUUUUUUCCAUUUACCUUUCUGUGUUUUAUCAUUUUCCUUCAAUUCACAAGAAGCUGAAUGUCUCACCGGAGAAAGCAGCCGAGUGAGCGAAACGGCGCCUGUCUGUCUCUGUAUGUGUAGGCCAUCUAUCUGAUGCUGUCUGGUCAAAAAGAGUGACAUUUUUGCUGCCCAUAGAAGUGAAUGCAAGGGAAGCCAGCAAGCAUUUGGCCUCCCUUGAUUAAAAAAAAAAAAGAAUAAAAUAAUAGCCAACCAGCGUAGAGCUAAACUUAAUGAGGUCAACUGUCAUUGGUCCUGACUCACCAAAAAAAUGUCUCAACAGAAGCCAGUUUGUAUUUUGCUUCCCUCCAAUCAUAUCACAUGAGAGCAAUACACAAUUGACAAAAACAACUUGAAUUGUUGCAUCUCGUUGUGUUGUCCUCCGGUGGUAAGCUAGCUUGCUAAAAAUGGGCUUUUCCUAAAUUAGCCAUGGUUGGAGAUAGGGAUUUGGACUUGUGGUUUUACUUUAUUCUCAGUACGGGCCAAUGAUUAUAAUGGCGAUUCUGAUCCAAUCAUAAAUUCAUACAUUGUGCCACUGGCCUGAGAGGAUGGUAGUUCAAUAUGUAGGUAGAUCUAGAAGGCUAAUGUUAAGUAGCUAACGUUGCCCAUGAAAGGAAGUUAGGCUAGCGAGCAAGCAUUUUAGCCAUGUAGCCUAGGACAACAACAAAUAAAAGGGUGUAUAGUGUGACAGUCAUAGACCUGAGACAUGAGAGAGAGGAUGGCAUUGAAGUUUCACUACAAGUAGGGUGAGUCAACAUGUUUUUCUACUUGCAUGAACCUACAGCAAGCACAUAAACAGAAAUCAGAACUAUGAACAGCCACAUUUAUCUUACAUCGAUUGGACUAAAUUGUUUUUGGUAUCUUUUAGAUGUCACUGUAUUAGACUAAGAAUAGGUGAUUUAAUGAUGUUGAAAUAUUGAAGUUGAAAUGGUGCUGCAAUAGUGGAGGCAGCUUCUGAUUUCUUUGAGACUUGCUGUAACUCUAUGAUUCUAAAUCAUUCGUUUUUUUGUAGUCCAAAACAUUAACUUGCUUGACCUUGCUGUAGGUCAUGUAAAAUGCAAUGUGCUUUGUGGUCACAGGAAGAUAAACCUGGUUGCAGUCUCCUGUUCAGCAAUUUCAUUCCACUCGUACUCCAUGUCAUUUGCCAAAGACAUGGUAAAUGACCAGGACUAACUUUUUGGCAAAUGACAGGAGUGGCAAGGAGUGUAAUGGCUUGUAACCAUGCUACAGAAGGAGGGUUAUAGGUUGAACGUGAACGUGUAUCGCACUUUGAAACCCACGCCCACCGUGACAUAUAGUACCUCCCACCAGUCAAAAUACUGUGAAAAGAGUGUCCCAUAAUAAAAGGGAAGGUGCCUCUCGCUCCCAUAGCACACGUUUUCUGGAGACUUGUGGGUCAGAGAUUUUGAUGAAAUCGGGCACUGUUUGCGCUUUCGGUAGCCUGAUUGUGUCCAGACUGAGGAGAAAUACGCAUACUAUCCACCCACGUCCUGUGGUCAACCAGAUCUGAUCACAUUCAGAACACAAUGGGACUUUUGUACGUCUAGACUUGUCUUUUCUAUGCGAUCUUCGUAUUCUGAUAGCGAGAAGUCGCAUGUAGACACUGCCAGAUAGAGACCAGUGCUAGUUGGCAACGACCAUGGAAACGAGGAUCCGUGGAAGAAUAAGCUUUUUGGAGAUAAAGCUAUUAUAUGAUCAAGUAGAUUAUGUGAAUGAUUGGCACUUUUAGUUCACCAAUUUCGCAAAAAAUAAACAUGUAUGGCGGGUUCAACUGGACUACGGAUGUGGGUCGCCGAUGGCUGGAAUUCAAUCUAUUCCUCUGAAUUCACCCAGCAAGCGGUUAUAUAAGGUGAUAUAAAGUAAUUUCAUCUAAAUGGUCCAGGAUGACAAUAAUAGGUCAAACACACCAUGUUAGUAAAGCUGGACACUGAAUGAAAACAUGAAACAAGUGAGAUCGUCUUUGGACUGAAUCAACUUGCAGUUGGCAAAGUUCGUAGCCAUUUGCGUCCCCACCUUAUUGCUACAGGUUGAGCACUUGGCCUUUCACAAAUGUACUUAUAGCACACAGUGUUGACAUUGCUCUUCCUUUCGGACUCGAAUGUUACAUAUUUAGGCGCCAUGGCUGAGCACGGUGGCCUUCAUAGUAUGUGUUUAAAUAAGGUAGACUGUCACAGUUCCUCCAGCUCAGAGCAAGAAAGUGAAAUAUUCACCAAAUUGAAAGUCAGUUUGACAGAGGACUAUCCGCAGAAGAAUGCGGAGAUUCUGAGCGGCCAGUAUGGGACUAAUUUACUUUUGAUCGGCGUGUCCUUGAUGCUGGUUAUUGGGAACAAUGGCGCAUCCGUGAAGGAAGAGCACCUGCUGUCGUUUAUCACAACCCUCAUAAUCGUCCAGCUUCUAUGGAUGAUGUGGUACAUCGUGAGGAGAGGCAUGCAGAGUAAUUUACAGGCAGAAAAGGAUGUGCAUGCUACUACCUCUUGGAUAAAAGGUGGUUUAACUCUUCUUGCGCUCCUCUCGUUGAUCAUGGAUGUCUUCAAUAUUGGAUAUUUUGUGGGCUAUCGAUCAUGCCUGUCGGCUGUUCUAGUGGUAUACCCCAUCAUCCACGCAACUCACACAAUAGCACAGGUGCAUUUCCUUUGGUUUCACAUCAAAGACGUCAUCAAGUCCUUUGAGACCUUUGAAAGGUUUGGUGUCAUCCAUGCAGUCUUCACCAACCUGCUGCUGUGGUGCAGCGGUGUGAUGUCUGAGGCCAAUCACUUGCUAAACCACCACAACACAAGGCUGACUGCCCUAGGCUUUGAAAACCUCACCAUGGUGGAUAUGGAACCUCAUUGUAAUUGCACUAUCAGUGCCUGCUCCGUGUUCGUCAACGGCCUCUACUACCUUUAUCCCUUCAACAUCGAAUACCACAUCUUUGUCUCGGUAAUGCUCUUCGUCAUGUGGAAGAACAUAGGGCGCACCCUUGACCUCCAGCACAACCGGAAAAGGCUAGCUACCAAGACCCAGGGGCUGGUAGUCGGCCCCAUCCUGGGUCUCGCCGCCCUGGCCAGCACCAUCGGCGUACUGGUGGUCUACAUCAUCCACGUGGAAGAAUCGCUGGACAUCCGGGAGUCAACCAUUGCAAUUUUCUACUACUACGGCAUCGUCAUGCUGGUGCUCAUGUGCUCGGCCGGGGUCACGGGUCUGCUCAUCUACCGUGCCGACCCCAUGCCCAUGGACACCACCAAGAACCCCUCGCGGAAGCUGGACACCGAGCUCCUGUUCGGUUCGUCGGUGGGCUCCUGGUUCAUUUCCUGGUGCAGCGUGGUGGCUGUGUCAGCCUCACGCAGCAGCCCGAGCUACCGCUGGACCAACCUGAUAUACUCGCUGCUCAGCAUCCUGGAGAAGUACAUCCAGAACCUGUUCAUCAUUGAGUCCCUCUACCGCCAGCGGGAGGACGGUGAGAGGGAGGACGCUGAGGUGGCGGGACCUGCGCCAGAGAUAUUCUCCGUGACCUCCUCCUUGUCUCCACCCUACAACGGAAUCAUCAACCAGGCGUACGAGAACCCGGACAACGGCUGCGUCACGCUGGAGAAUGUGCAGGAGAGUGGACAGGUGAAUGGGUGCCCACAGAAACAUUUGGAAGUGCCCCGUCAGGUGGAGAACAACGUGGAGGUGACCCCGAGCAAGAAGAGUCAGAUCCUAAAGAACAUCGCCGUCUUCCUUUUCAUGUGCAACAUCUCACUCUGGAUCCUCCCUGCCUUUGGCUGCAGACCCCAGUAUGACAACGGCCUGGAGGAGGAGACGUUUGGCUUCACCACAUGGACCACAGUUCUCAAUUUCGCCAUGCCGAUUACCCUCUUCUACCGCAUGCACUCUGUGGCCUGCCUCUUCGAAGUGUUCCAGAGAGUGUGACAAGACGAAGAGGGACCAACGAGACAAGGCAACAUGCACAAGAACACUUGUCACCAAGGGCUCCAUAUAGGCAAUUAAUAGCAAUACAGGUCAACCAUUCAGGAGGCCGUCUUGUCAUGUACUUUGACUUCCAAACAAGCAUGGAAACUCAUUUGUCACUUUAGGGGGCUUAUACUAGAUAAGAUGUCCCUUGUAGCGAUGCAUCUUUAGAAGCAUUUUAUAGCACCUGGUCCAAACAACAAAUGACAUUGAUAUGAGACCUUGGGUUCAAUUAGUAUUUCAGAAUCUUUCAAAUACUUUAGCUUUGCAUGAUUGAGCUGGCCAGGCACAAUGUAACCAAUGGAUUAGCCCUAAACGUGCAAAGUAUUUGAAAGAUUUCAAAUAGUAUUUAUACCCAGGUCUGAUAUCACCUUGUUGUGUGUUACUGCACUAAAAAGAUAAAAUGACAUUUAGAUUUAGGUCUAUCGUAAGUGUUUGGGUUUGUCUUUUGAUUUUUAUCCAAGUGUCGUUGAAGUCAAGUUUUAUUCGAUACGCAUAUGUAAAUAGUUAAAUGUUUUGAUCUAGAACAGAUGUAAGCCAGGCUAUGUGGGAAUGCAUUAUGAGGGCAUAACAUGAUUAUACCAAGCAAAGUGCCAUACCACAUUCAUUUUUCAAAUCAACCAUUGUGUUCACAGCAGUACGCUACUCCAACAUCAUAAAGAAGCCAAAGCAGCUCUCGCUUUGGUGAUUUAAUGUCACUAAAGAACUGUACUAUGAUUUGAAAAGCCAUUAACGUUUUUUUGGUUCUGCCAUUUUUAGGAUGUUCUCAUUGGUCAGAAGAAAACACAGGAAACUCAAAACACUGCUGUGUCAGACACUUGAACUACUUGGCUGGUGACAGUCUAGAGUCCUACAUGUACUGUAGUAUACAGUAAGCCAGCACUAGACUUUGAAUGCUCUUCUGUGUAGUAUUGGACUGUAGUUCUCACAAUCUCUCGCAAACGUUCAUUGGACUGUAGUUCUCAGAAUGUCUCGUAAACAUCCAUUGGACUGUUGGCAAUACUUUCCUUUUAGAUUUUAUACUAAUGUACCUAAAAAAUACAGACGUGGUUUUAUAAAAUAGAUUUAACAAUUUCAAUUAUGGAACAAUAUUUGACUAAAAAAACAAACGGCGUGGUGUAUGUGGAGCUUCCCCCAAUCCACACUGAUUCUUCCCCUGGACCCAUAUUAAGCUUAGCCUGGUGGAACCAGCCUAUUUGCUGCAUUCACACAAAGCAGACACCACUUUUUUGGUAAACAGCUGAAGGAUGGGCCUGUUAUGUUAUUGAAAAGGGAAACAAUACAAUAUUUGCACAGAUGUACACUAUAUACAGCAUUGACUGGCAUUAAUUUUCCAAAAAGCAAAUAUGUUUGUUCAAACUGAAACAAUUCUGAAACUGAACCAUUUAUCUUGAUUGAUUGUCGUUUUGAAAAGUGAGCAUUGAAAAUAAUUAUAUCCUGUGAAGUUGUUGAUUGAUGUUGUGAGGAAUUAUUCAAAUGUAGCGCUACUGCAUAGUUAAAUGUAGAACAACAUAUUGAGGCUGUGGUGGAAUAUCAAAAAACAGAGUUCUACAUUGGUGGUAACUACUGUACAUUGUUCUCAGUUGUAUGUGCCAAUCUGUGGUCAAUGCAUAUUGGUAAACCUGCACCAAUACUACAUCCUCUGUAUGUACUAGAUUAAAGCUACUGUAGCCUACAUAGCCUCUCUGAUAAUGAUUGUGAAAUUAUGACAAAUAUUUUAAGUUAAAUUAAAUUCAUACUGUAGGUCAGGGGUCAAUCAUUGUUUAUUCAGCCGCGGCACAAUAUAUUUUCUUAAGCGGAUGGUCAGGGGGUCAGAACAUAAUUAUACAGUGCCUUCAAAGUAUUCACACAUCUUGACUUUUGGCACACUUUGUUGUGUUACAGCCUGAGUUUAAAACAAUGUCAAGUGGAAUUAUGUUUUUUGACAUUUUUACUAAUUAAUAAAAAAUGAA